UAAAAUUGCCAGAGUUGAAGAAACAGAAGCUGCUAUUUUUAAAAAAUACCAUAGCCAUGACAGAGCCAUGCAACUCAUCCACGAGGAACUCUAUUAGAGAUCACUAAGAAAAUGACUAAAGACACAAUAUUAGAGUACCUAACACUGCAGAGAAUGGCCAGGAAAAUGGCUGAUCAUUUAACAGUUAAUACAGCUGAGUCUAUUGCAAUUGGUGACCCUAAGGGUAGGAAUACCAGUGAUCCGGCCUAUCAUAUGAUUACAAAAACUCAUGGGAGUUAUCGCAAAGAAAGAGAUGAAAAAAGAAAAGACAUAUGGGCACAUACACAAUCUCUGCAUUAUCUAGGAAAGAAAGUGGCUGAACCAUCACAACCCAUUCAACAACAACAGAAGCCGUCACAACAACCACCCCCUCAACAGCAAGAACCAUCACCUCCCACAUCUGAAGUAGAGCAGAAAGAUGGUCCUGAUGUCAAAAUAUUACAGUUUCAUGACAUUGCACCUUACCAUCUACGACCCAAUAGUUCUUUAUCCAGUGCUUUCCAAUUGUACAGACAGCAAGAGGCUCUGUACUGGCAAGAAAUGUACACUGUACCAAGUGAUAUUCGAGUAAGCCGUAAAAUUGAAGGAGUGGAAAGCACAGCUUUGUCACCAAACCAUCGUCUGUUGGCACUUGGUAGUGUACAUGGUGAUAUAUUUGUAUAUGAUUUAUGGUAUGAUCCACCCCGUGUUAUCAGACUCAUCCACAAUGAAGGUACAUCUGGUGAUCCAGUGAUAAACAUUGUAUGGAGUAUGGAUGCAUUGCAACUUAUCACACUCAAUGAAUCU